GGUGUUGUUGUUCUCAAUCACGUCCGCGUGCCGCCGUUAAAUCUGAUGAUUCAAACUUCUGAGGAGCUGAUAUUCUCGCGUUCUCGGAAAACACACAUAUUACGCAUCAAGUUUGAUCAUGUCUGCUGAGGUCGAAGAGUCAACACCCACCCAAGCCCCUGCUCCAGCAGCAACCAAAACGAAGAAGGCAUCGGCGAAGAAGGCAAAACCUGCCGUAACUGCUUCUCCAGCUAAAAAGAAGAAAAAGAAGAGCAAGGGGCCCGGCAAGUACAGCCAGCUGGUCAUUGAUGCGAUCCGCACCCUGGGCGAGAAAAACGGCUCGUCGCUUUUCAAGAUAUACAAUGAAGCGAAGAAAGUGAGCUGGUUUGAUCAGCAGAACGGUCGCGUGUAUCUGCGCUACUCCAUCCGCGCGCUCCUGCUCAACGACACGCUCGUGCAGGUCAAGGGACUGGGAGCCAACGGCUCAUUCAAGCUCAAUAAAAAGAAAUUUGAGAAAAAGUCAAAGAAGAGUGCCACCAAGGCGACCAAGACAGUAAAACCUGCAAAGCCGGCUUCCAAAAAAGACGUGACCAAGAAAGUGACUGCAAAGAAGAGCGCCAAAACGAGCCCCGUUAAAAAGAAGACCGCGAAGAAGACGAGUGUUAAGAAGGCGACACCCAAACCGAAGAAAGCAGCUGCCAAAAAGCCAAAAGUCGCGGCGAAGAAGGCAACCAAGGCGAAGAAAUCAAAAUAGACUUUCUUUGAAAUUGAAGAAUUAUAUUUUUGUAUAUAGCUUCUUGGAUAGAGAACCCAUAUCUAAGGGGAUUCGUUUUUUUAUUUUUGAUAUUUCUGUUUAUUUUAGGUAUGCUGUCAUUUGGGGGUUGUACUAAGAAACGGCUUCAUAGAGACACACCCACUUUAGUUUCUGCAGUGCAAGACGCCAUGCUUUCCUGAAAUGGAAGUGACAGAUUGUUUCGUUUGCUGCACUAAACAGGACACUUGGUACUAGCUAACUAGACGAAGAUGAACGCUUUGUGAAUAUAAGCUAGCACAGUAUUUUUUUAACAACAAUUUCAUAUGAAAUGUUACUAAACUGCAAAAAACAACAUGUAUGUCAAAUAAACCUCUGAUUUUUUUUUUAUAAAAAUGACUGCAC